CCGCCGCCGCCUCCCACCACCCUGGAAGCCGAUGAGGCCCCCAAGACGCCGGCGGCGGCGCCGAAGAAGAGCAAGUGCCGGGGCGUGCGGAAGAUGGUGGUGAAGAUGGCCAAGAUCCCCGUGUCGCUGGGGCGGCGGAACAAAACCACCUACAAGGUGUCGUCCCUCAGCAGCAACCUCAACCUGGAGGGCAAGGAGCUGGCGGCCAGCACCUCCAUGGAGCCCACGCCGCUGCUCAAGAUGAAGAACAACGGGCGCAACGUGGUGGUGGUCUUCCCGCCGGGCGAGAUGCCCAUCAUCCUGAAGCGCAAGCGGGGCCGGCCCCCCAAGAACCUGCUGCUGGGCCAAGCGAAGCCCAAGGAGCCCGCGCCAGAGGUGAAGAAGAGGAGGCGGAGGAAGCAGAAGCUCGCCUCGCCCCAGCCCUCCUACAUCGCCGACACCAACGACAGCAAGGCCGACUACUCGGACGUGCUGGCCAAGCUGGCGUUCCUCAACCGGCAGAGCCAGUGCUCGGGGCGCUGCUCGCCGCCGCGCUGCUGGACGCCCAGCGAGCCCGACUCCGCCUCCGGCGGCCUCGACUGGAACUCGGAGGCCUUCGGCCAGCUCUACAACCCGGGCUUCGAGUGCCACCUCAACGAGCCCAACGUCAUCCUCGACAUCUCCAACUACACGCCGCAGAAGGCCAAGCAGCAGACCGUGUCGGAGACCUUCUCCGAGUCCUCCUCCGACAGCACCCAGUUCAACCAGCCGUCUGGCUACCGGCGCGCCAACAGCGAGGCCUCGUCCAGCGAGGGCCAGUCCAGCCUGUCCAGCCUGGAGAAGCUCAUGAUGGACUGGAAUGAGGCGUCCUCGGCCCCGGGCUACAACUGGAACCAGAGCGUCCUCUUCCAGAGCAACUCCAAGCCUGGACGGGGCCGGCGAAAGAAAGUGGACAUGUUCGACACGUCCCACCUGAACUUCUCGUCCUCUUCCUCGUCCUCUUCCGUGUACCCCUCCAAGAGGAGCACGGGGCCCCGGCAGCCGCGGGGCUCCCGCGGGGCCUGCGCCUCCAAGAAGGAGCGGGGCACGGGCAAGGCCAAAUUCCCCACCAAGUCCCAGCCGGUGAACGCCCUCUUCCAGGAGAGCGCGGACCUGGGCCUAGACUACUACAGCGGGGACAGCAGCAUGUCCCCCCUGCCCUCGCAGUCGCGGGGCUUCGGCGUGGGCGAGCGGGACCCGUGCGACUAUGCCGGCCCCUACUCCAUGAACCCCUCCACCCCUUCCGACGGGACCUUCGGCCAGGGCUUUCAGAGCGACUCCCCCGGCUUGGGGCAGCCGGAUUUGGAGAGCAAACACUUCCCCGCGCUCCCGCACCAGCUGGCGGCCCCCGGCCAGCAGACUGUCUUCGAGGCCGGCUUGCAGAAGGCCUUCUCGCCCAACUGCUCGCCCACGCUGGCCUUCAAGGAGGACCUGCGGGGGAGCGCCAAGCACGGCCUGCAAGGGGCGGCCCUGCCGCACGCGCCGCACAUGGCCUGCCGCGACCUGCCCAUGCCGCAGCCGCACUACGACUCCCCCCGCUGCAAAAACCCCCCGUACUGGUACUCGCCCAACGCCAGCACCCGCAGCCCCUCGUACGACGGCAAGGCGGGCGCCGGCAUGCUCGUAGACUUCAUGGGCAGGACGGACCCCUCGUGUCUGAACCCCCACUUGACCAGCCCGAGCGUCGCCGACCCCCCCAAGGGCGAGAAGGAGCCCUUGGAGAUGGCCCGGGCUCACCACCGCGGGCCUUACGCCUGUCCCUUGAUCAGUGACUUGAAUAUCUCCCCCGUGCCGAGAGACUCAAUGCUGCAGCUGCAGGACAACUACAGGUACCCCAGUUUUGCACCCCAAGGGCACCCCGUCAUGGCCCCCACCCAGAAGAGCGGAUUUUUGGGUCCAAUGGUAGAGCAACACCCCGAGGACACUUUUACGGUCACCUCAUUGUAGUGUCAGCUGACGUGCCAACCGGACAACGAGGUUUUGUUACAGG